AUGGUUCGUCCUUUUCGUUUGCGCAUCCUGGUCGGGGGGCGAUGGUGCCAUGCUCGCCUGCCUGGAUGCUUCUUUUCCUCAUGGUCAUUCAGCCCGUCGAUGGGGAGGGAGUGUGUGCACUGGCGGGGGAUUGUUGUGGGGCGGAAAACGCUGAAACAUGGCAUCGGGAAGCAAAGCUGUACAUACAUAUAUAAACGAUGUGCAGUAAGCGCACCGCCAGUCAGUUCUACUUUGUAAUGCAGUGUUGCAACUAGUGCAGCCCCGUGCUGGCUGCACCGACUGGUUCGUGCAGGUCGUGCCUGCUGCUGGGCGUGUUGUGCUGUGUCUCUGUGUAGCUGUGUGUGUGUGUGUUUGCGAGAGCAUCGCUUGCUGCGUUGCUGUGGUGUGUUCGUACAUCAAUUUUCAAACCACACGUCGGUAUCGUGUAUCACACGGCUCAGAUUGCACGGCCGCCGGUUUAAAUGAUACUCACUCCCGAAUGCGCACCUGAUACUCAACCCCCUUGGGCACCCAUACAAGCUUGCCCUUUCAUCAUACCAUUUUUGAGUCCGCGUUAACGUGCUUUUAUGUGUGUGUGUGUGUGUGUGUGAGUGUGGUUGAGUGCAUAAGGAGCAAACAAAAAAGUGUGUAUGUGUGUGUGUAUAUAUAAAAUCCGCUAGCGUGGAGGAGCUUCCCCUGCGGAUCCUUCCCACAGCCGGUUCCGGUUCCGCUACCGUUGCGACAAUGUGACUGUGAAGUGGUGGUGUUGGUGGUGGUGGAAGAAAACGUCGUGCAAAAAUGAAACGAAGAAAAAAAAUGCAAACAACCCCAACGCUGCCCGAGCAGGAAGUGACGGUGCCGUAGUGGUAAAGUUGUGUGCAUCCCAUCAUCCACUAACAGUGUCUACUACUGCCACUACUACUCCUGUGGCGGCUGCUGCUGCUGCUGCAACUAACGAUGGGUGGAACCUACCAAGAGCAUCAAAAUCGUUGCAUGCGUUAAAGUUUUGCAUAGAGCUGAACGUAAAGCUGAGGGACGCGUGCACGACUUCAUACCCUUCAAUGUUGUGCAAGUAUGUAGAGUUAGAAGCAAAAAAAGAAAGGAGCAAAGGUGGAAUUUAUUUGAGCACGUGAAAGAAGUGGUUUACUUUUUGGGGUGUAAGUUUGCUUAACGAAAACCUCCGGUGCAAAUGGUGCAAGUAUGCACCGAAUGUAGAAAUGUGUUCCCAGACGGUCGACCAGUACGGUACGUACUGCUUAUCACUGAUUUGUGGUAGGAAAAAGUAAAGCAAGAAGUGUAUGUGUGUGUGUGUGUUUUUGUGAAGUUAAAGGUACGAACAAACUGAUAAGACUCCCGCACGAAAGCACGAACGAUCAUGGGAGCGCUUGCGUGAAGCAAUCCAAAAAUGCACCAUAGUUUUAGCAAGCUUAAAGCAAAGUCUUUUAAAAGACCUUACCAAUACCAGUGAAGAGUUUUUGUUGCGCAGUGAAAAUCCAAACCCAUCUGCUCCGUCGAUCACCGUGCUGUUGCCUCACACCUUUCAAGUGACACACUCGAGACAACUGCUGCUGAUGGGAGUCGUUCCUCACUGCAAAGAAACAACUCCGCAGGCAAGUGUGAGCCAUCGGCAAUGAGGAACAUCUAGAUAAAAUCCCUUUGCCGGUAAAUUAGUCACGUUCGUCCCGUGCGCGCUCUCUCUCUCUGUAUCCCACGCGCAAUCCUCUCUCGCUUGCUAAGAUGAGCUACAUUGCAGUUCCGAAUGCGUUUCUUGCGUUUCAGAAGGAACUACUACGGAGCGGGUGCCCAUUAUUAGCACGCCUUUAGCCGCACGUCGCCCGUGCACGCCAUAGACCGUAGUAUUAGAGCUCACUCGGUUUCGGUGGGUGUUAGUUGAUUCGCCGGAGAGAGUAAACAAUUUGGCCCCAGACGAUGGGCGAUGAUGUCAUAUGCAUCGACUCGGACGAGGAUGAGGAAGCGGAUGAGGCUCCGGUUAGGGUCAGGGAGCCGAUCGGAAACCGUGCGCAUCGGUUUGCGGGUGCACGUGGUCGCACCGGCGGAAGACAUCGGUGGCAGCGACGCAAAGCGCAAAGAGGAAGAAAAAAUGACUUCACUGCUUCGAGCACCAGCAACUGCAAAAACAGCAACGACACACCGCUGGGAAAGCUGCUGAAUGGACUGCGGUGGCUCAGCUCCGAGAUGUACUUCGGUGAAUUGGCGGGAAAAUCGGGCCCAGAUUUUCCCUUCCACGUGGUGGCGCAGCGCGUUCGAUCACUCGUGGCGGAGUUUCAACGGUUCGCUGCCAUGGGACUGCUUACGAUGCCGGAACGCACCGAAGGAUGGCGACAAGUGGUGAGAUUUUUAGUGCUUCUUCGCACGGUGGGGCUCACGGAAGUGGCACCCAAUGAGGAGGUUGAUCCGGGUUGCCACUAUCGAGGGGACGAUAAUCAGCAGUCAAUUGACGGUGUGGGUCGAUCGCGAACCAACCACAAAUCGAAGCCCGGCGUUCAGCAAUCGGACCGCUCUGCUGCCAGUGGUGGUGAAAAAGCGCGACAAACCCGUCGCUACCAGCUGACAGUGAUCGAUAUACUGGCGGACUACAUCCGGUUCCGGUGUGAAUCGGUGACCGGCCUGCAUCCACCCGUCCAGCCGGCCACGCUGCUGCGCGAGUGUAACCGGAUCGUGGGCAGCAUGUUCGUAAUCUUCGACGGUAGCAUGGAGCUGAUGGCGCUGACCCUACUGCGCCUGCCGCCGGACCGUCAGCACACACUGCUGCUCUAUCCCGUGUUUGAGAACGUUCUUACCCAGGCCGGCACGGCCCCGGCCGACUACGACACCAUACCUGGGUACGUUCGGAUGCUGCUUUGCUACAAGCGCUGGAAGUCACUCGUGCACGGACGGGACGAAAAAGCUGCCAUCGAUGCACACGCCAUCCGGCUGCUGCCCGGACGCUGUCCAACGGUUCGGCACACCUCCGACCUGUGCUUCCUGCGCCUGCUGCCACCCGUACCGCCCGGUCAGCGGGCGGCCGAAACGCGCUAUCUGCUGGUCAACGAUCUGUUCAAUUUGGAGCACUGCAUUGCACAGUUCCGACAUCAUCAUCGUCGCACAUCGGUGGGCGGACACACGGGCGGCCGGGACGAAUCAACCGCGAAGCAGCAACGCGACAACGGCUCCAAUCGUCAGCGGCAUCUGGUGAGUGUGCUGGCCUGUAACGGUGGGGAUGAAAUUAAUAAAAAGCAGCAAUCGAUGGAAAUCAGAAGCAAUUACAUCAAUGUGCCGCUGCUGGCCGAGCUGAUCGAACGGAAGGGUCAGCUAUGGGCUCGAGCCGACGCUGGAUGCCUGCAGCAGGAAGCACACUCCAUCAUCGAGAGCUUGCGAUUGAUAUUUCACAACCGGGCAGAAUUCAUCCAACUGACGCUGCUUCGUGUGAAAUGCAAUCCGGCCGCCGGACCCGCCCUGCUUGGCCCCGUGUUCGAAGCAUUUCUCGGCACAACAGCAGCAAUGGCGGCCGGCACAACAGCAACGACCUCCACCGGCCUGACCAUUUAUCGAUCAAACGAUGUGGAAACGUACGGUCGGCUGCUGCUUUGCUAUGCCAAGUGGAAGUCACUGUACUGGCGGGAUGAGGGAGCGACCGUCGGCGAGCCCACCGAGUGGGCCGACAUCGAUGCAGUCGCACUGACGCAACUGCCGUACGAUUUUCCACGUGCCAUUUGCCCGCGAGAUGCACUGCUGCGACGCAUCUUUCCGAGUGGGGCAAAGUGCAACAAUGCCGCCAACAACGGUGCAGGUGUGGCGCCAGUCGAUGCCAGCAAGCGAAACAAUGCUACGACCCGCACUCUCCUUCGCACACUUCCGAAGCGGUCUGAUCUGCAGGAGCUAUGCUUGAAAUUCGCACAGGCGUACCGUUGCGGCCCGGAUGCAUCGUUACCCGUGGAGGAAGCCUCUGUCCAAGAGCAGCAAGCAACGCACACACCAACGACAAGCUCAGCCGCAUACAAAUCACCGUCCAGCAGCACGGAACGGUCACUUCGUUGGCACUUGAGUGCGGACGAUGUAUCCGGUCAGCCUACCGGCCAAGCGGGCCCGUGCCCGGCUGAAUGUCGAUCGGAAAUGAAACCGAUUACUAUUCCAGACAGCGACGAUGCAGACGAAACGUCCACCGGCAGCAAUACCAGCUCGCCGGUCAAAGAAAUCGAGCACAAUAUAGCGGCACAAAUUUUACUGCCGUCGCUACGGUCCACCGCAUGCACCGAUACGUACACCGCAACCGGAAUGGACCGACACUCGCCCAGCAUAGCGCCGCCCGAUGAGUUCGUUACGGAUGCUGCAACACCCCCGCUAACAGUAUGGCCAACGUUUGGGGAAUGUUUCCUCAAUACGCCUCCAGCGACACCACAACACGAACUGCCCCCGGAAGCGGGAGAUGAGGAGCAGCAGCAGCAGCAGCAACACCAUCAUCGUCGGAAUGCGCCAGUCAAAAAGUCGUUUCCAAGUCCGAGCUGGACCCGACUAAAGGGUACAAUCCGAUCGGUAGGUCGCCGGAAGAAGCGUACCACUGUGACAGGCAUCGUCAAACGUGCCCUGGUGAAGGUUUUCGCUCACGAUGGAUGGUGGAAUUUUGCCGACAUUCUGGCGGUAAAGAUUCGCAGCCCAAUCGGGACCAUCCAACGGUGCUCAUCAAUAAUGGACAUCAUUGGUACGGGGGAAGAUGCUGUGAGAAACGUGGUCACAAAUGACCGUGUGGAGGUUUUGUCGGCUGAUGCUGCUGAGCCCUCGAGGCUGGAGGACGCGAGCCGACGAUCGUCCAGCAAGGGGGACGAUCGUUCGAAGGAUGAUGCCUUGCUAUGUGAACUUAUCGAUUGUCUCGGUGCAGUUGAUACAAUGCCUUUCGAGUCAAAACAGGGUUACGUUGAUUUUGCCAUACUGCCCGACAAUCUGGGACACGGUGCAGAACGCAGCCAGUCCGACGUGAUGGACGACCAGGCGUCUCCAUCGUGUUGCGGUUCGGGCUGCGGUGCCAUGUCCCCGCUCUUCGCUGCUGAUAGUGAUAAAUAUGUAUUGUUGUUCACCGAGCUAGGGCCCGUUUCCUGGCCAAUUGUAUAGCGUCCUAUCCCCACAAACUAGGAUAGGAUAAUAACGAUUUGAAUGCAUCGUUGCGAUACGCAGCCAUUGUUAUAUUGUAAGCGGCUGGGCGUCUCCAUCGCGGAGAGGUUCCCGCUCCUUGCCACCCUUCUCCACUACCCGCGGAUCGAUAGGUGCUUCCCGGCCGUGACCUACAAACCCCAGCGCGGGCUGAACCUUCGAUCCAACCAAAGCUCAUCGACUUUCAAGGGCUGUUUGUGUCAAUUUCGUCUUUUCAAUGCCCACUGACCUGAACCGGUCGGUAAUGUACAGACGCACGGAAAGCUGUGACACAUCCGUCGAAGCAAUUUAGAUAAGAAAACGCGAUACGAACGAUGGCCUGCCCAAGGUGCGUGUGUAUGUGCCAGGGUGUGCCACGUUCGCCAGUUUGUAGAUGUUAAGAAUGUUGCAAAUGAAGAGCUAAUACUCGCGAUUAAAUGUUCUUUCUUCACGCUUUUUUAAAUUAUCUUCAAUGUUGUGUCCUGUAUGUGUUUGUAUGAGCGGCCUACUUACAAUACGCCUCGAUGUGUUUCAAUGUUUGUGAACCAAUUUACUACUUUCCAUGCCUUAGCUUAGUGUCAUUUUACACUUUAAAUAUACAAAUAUAAAUUCAAUUGGAGAAGAGAAAUAUUUCACAUAACUGAAUAUAAUUAAUCUUGGUCUAUAACGUGUCUUGCUUGAAAUUAGUAUACAUUAAAAACUCAUGACUGUUGUGUUUAUACUUAAAAACCAACCGAACACUUUCAUAUGAUUUCGUCUGUUCUGUGUUUCAAUGUGCUAUUAAAACAAGCUAUGACGUGCAUUAUUUUGUGUCACAUUAAUUUAUUGGAAAAUGGUUAGACAACGUUGAACAUAGUUAAACGAUAACCAGUUUUUAUUCAUUUUUGGGAGAAAAUAUAUUUGCCUUCCGUUGUUAUCUAUUUUAUUAAAUAUUGCAUUGCAUUGCCAUUGUCAUUGCAUGUACAUAAAUGAGAAUUGAAUAAUGAUUAUAAAACAUUUUAUUUAUGUUGUAUUAUCAUUUAUUUUUUUCCUAAUUAUUUUACUUUAAAUUUUAGACUAAUAGUAGGGUAAUCAAACAUUUAAUAGUGUUUGGGACAAUUUGAACGAUUAUGAAAAAUAUCUACAAGUGGCAUGCUGCCUAGUAACAGGCAAAUUAAUUAUCCUAAAAACGCUCUUUAGAGUCACUUAUUAUUAUUAUUUUUUAUUUCCAAUAAUCAAUUACCUUUUUUGUUUAUUAAUUUUUUUUAUGGUAAUUCGUGCGAUGGAAGCAAAAUAUAGUACAUUUUUAUAAUUUUAAUGAAAAGAUUUCUCGUGCAAAUUAUGUACAUAUAUAUGUAAGCAAGUAUUGUUCUCGGGUCCAAUGUAUUAAUGCCUUUAAAAACUCAUCAGUA